AUGAAAUCAAAAAGCUCGCAGGGAAAACGAGCUCAAGCAUCGGUAUCUAGUGAGGUUGAAUAUGAUGAUGUUGCAAUGGAGUCUUUAAGUGGGGAAGAUAUGGAAGUCGAAGUGGAUGCAAGUACAAGUAGUGUGGGUGCUGCUGAUAUUGGUUCAACUGCAACUCAAAUUAAGUCACCGAAUGGAGGCCCUUAUUUGUAG